AUGUUAUCUAUACUCAACCCAUCCAUCAUUCUCAGUGCUUUGGCGGUCUUGCCGAUCCUCACCUCUGCGUCGCCUACAGGUGCACCAAGUGGACCGCAAGCUGCGAAGAGGGAGAUUAGUUGCAACUCCAACUACGAAGGCUACGCCUUUCUCUACUUCAGCAACCGCGAUGAAAACAUUUAUCUGGCUGCCAGUAACGGAAACGACGCCCUGUCCUUCACCGAGCUCAAUAAUGGCAAGCCCAUCUUGACAUCCACCAAAGGUGAUGGCGGAGUCCGCGAUCCCUUCAUCCUGAGGUCGCAUGAGGGAGACAAAUUCUACAUCUUGGCGACUGAUCUUUGCAUCGGCUGCGGCACCAGCUGGGGAGACGCCCAACGCUUUGGCAGUCGAUAUCUCGAGAUCUGGGAGUCAAAAGACCUCAUCAAUUGGAGUGCCCAGCGUCACAUUCAGGUCUCGCCAGAUAACUACGGCAAUACUUGGGCACCCGAAGCUUAUUAUGAUGAUGAACUAAAGACCUAUGUUGUCUACUGGGCGUCUGGUAUCUAUGAUAAUGAGGCAAACCCCAAUCAUGAUCCUAUCGAGUACCAGCGUAUGGUGUACGCUACGACGGAUGAUUUUAUCACGUUCAGCGAGCCAAAGAUCUGGCAAGAUGAACCUCCGAAUGGCCGCAUUGACUCUACUGUUAUCAAGGAAGAUGGCGUCUAUUAUCGUUUCACAAAGGCUACAAUCGAUGGCUGUGCGGAUAUUGUAGAGGAAAGCAGUUCUUCAUUGACUGCAGGGUUAUCCAACUGGCAUCGGAUUGCAAGCUGUAUCGGAAAGAAUGCGGGAACCCAAGAGGUGGAAGGGCCUUCGAUCUUCAAGACCAACUGCAAGGAUGUCAAUGGUGCUAGGUAUAUUCUCCUUGCUGAUGAGUUUGGCGGUAAUGGUUAUGUCCCGCUCGAGUCAAGCGACCUCGCUGGUGGGAAGUGGACACUGCGUACGGGGUAUAAAUACCCUGAGUCUCCUCGUCAUGGCACCAUAAUUCCCGUGACUUUGGAGGAAUUGGAAGGCAUCCAGAAGGCUUUUGCCAACACGGCCUGA